ACCACAUAUUAGCAUAUUGACUCCCGAAAGUCGCCUUCGUUCGUUCUAGAGUUCAUGCAUGCAUAGACGACCGAAACGCUGGCUGAGUUUUAGGAAAACGUACUUGAAAAAGCAUUCUUAAAAAGAAUAAUGGCAGCACAAGCUUACACAAAAUUCGAGGACCACAGGGAAAUGAGAAAUACAGAUGAUCCUGUAAUUCCAAUGGAAGAGAGACGAAUGGAACAGUCAGCCAACAAUUUCUAUUCUGGUACACGAGUCAACUUGGAACAAAUCACGCCCACUGUGGUAUUUCAACCACAGCCUUUYAACCCUAAUGCACUGGAUCCAUCAUCAAGGGGAAUUUACGACUCCCUUCCUACCAAACACAUGAGCUCAGCAGAAUUGCUUUCAACAGUGGGUCAAGCUGGAUCACAGCUUAAUAACUCUGUGAAUGCACAAUUUGGCUCUCUCAAGGGUGGCAUGAGCUAUCCUGAAAUGCUAAGUGGACUGUUGUAUAAAGGAGAAAGAGUUGUGCAGCAUGAUCAAUUCCAUUGCCUCCAGUACAAUCACAUUGUGCUAUGUGAUGAAUCCAAUGCUGUUGUCACACAAAAACCUGGAGGGAUUUGUUUGUUGACUGACAAAAGGAUUCUUCUGAUGUCGUCUCAAAUGAAUCAAUCAACAUCAUUUAAGAUGUUUGGAGACCCAAAGAAAAUGCCUGGUGGUUACAGUAUUGAGAUAAGUCUUGGAGACACCACCUGCUAUUUGCCAGUUCCCUACAGAUUUGUGAAGAGUGUGGARAUGAACGGCCAGUCAGGAGUUCAGGGAACCAUCAUGAUAAACCCACAGAAGCCUUGUUGUGGUGGAUUGUGUGGCUGUUGUGGGGUUCUUUGUGGCAUAUCCUCAAUGCUAAAGCRGUGGAGCAAAACUCCUGUGAAUAUCAUUGAGAAUAACUCAAUGGUCAUUUCUAUUGGAGUGCUUAUGCCACCAUGGGGAAGAAGGAUGUUCCUGCAUAUCCAUGUUAACAUCGGUGUUCCUGUGGCAGUUGUAAGAGAUUUCGUAUCAUUGCUGCAGCAAUAUGCUACGGACCUUAACUGAUUAACAUUCAGGACAUGCAUACCACAGAAUUUAUUACCACAGUAAAAAAGACUGGUUAAGUGAGCUUAAUGCAUUGCUUUAAGAUAAUAUAGCACACUCAGAUGCAACUGUAUUGCCUACUGAUCAUAUCUGCACAUGCAAUGGGUUAAAUAAUGUUUUAAAAUAGGGAAUGAACUGGUGUUUUAAAAAUCAUUUCAUAAACAUUAAAUUACCUAUGCUCAACGUUCCUAAACAUUAUUAUUUUCAGUUAACACUAAGGCAAAGAUAUAUUUCUCUUUUAAUAGUUUAUAAAAUAAAKAUCAAAAAUCAUUUGUGACAAAAAUUUGCUGGUAAUUUGAUUACAUUCAAUAUUAAAGUGAUUUUCAUAAA